AUGCAGAAAUAUGAGAAGCUGGAGAAGAUCGGGGAAGGCACCUACGGGACCGUGUUCAAGGCCAAGAACCGGGAGACGCACGAGAUCGUGGCACUGAAGCGGGUGCGGCUGGACGAUGAUGAUGAGGGCGUGCCCAGCUCGGCGCUGCGGGAGAUCUGCCUUCUGAAGGAGCUGAAGCACAAGAACAUCGUCAGGCUCCACGACGUCCUGCACAGCGACAAGAAGCUGACCCUGGUCUUCGAGUUCUGUGACCAGGACCUGAAGAAGUACUUUGAUAGCUGCAAUGGGGACCUGGACCCCGAGAUUGUCAAGUCUUUCAUGUACCAGCUGCUGAAGGGCCUGGCCUUCUGCCACAGCCGCAACGUCCUGCACCGGGACCUCAAGCCCCAGAACCUGCUCAUCAACCGGAACGGGGAGCUCAAGCUGGCUGACUUUGGCCUCGCCCGCGCCUUUGGCAUCCCUGUGCGCUGCUACUCAGCCGAGGUGGUGACACUGUGGUACCGGCCCCCAGACGUGCUCUUCGGUGCCAAGCUCUACUCCACUUCCAUCGACAUGUGGUCGGCUGGGUGCAUCUUUGCAGAGCUGGCCAAUGCAGGCCGGCCACUGUUCCCGGGGAAUGAUGUGGACGACCAGCUCAAGAGGAUCUUCCGGCUGCUGGGAACACCCACAGAGGAGCAGUGGCCAGCCAUGGCCAAGCUGCCAGACUACAAGCCCUACCCCAUGUACCCAGCCACCACCUCCCUGGUCAACGUGGUGCCCAAGCUGAAUGCCACCGGCCGGGACCUGCUGCAGAACCUGUUGAAGUGCAACCCAGUGCAGCGGAUCUCUGCAGAGGAGGCCUUGCAGCACCCCUACUUCACGGACUUCUGCCCGCCAUAGGCAUCCCCCAGCACUGGGCACCCCCCGGGGCAGCUCCUGGCACACUCCUGGCAGCAUGGAGGGACACGGCCCUGCCAUGGCAGCACAGGGGUUGGUCGGAGGUGAGGUGCCAGCACCCCAAAUCUGCAGCCAGCCCCUGUCCCCCUAUUUAUUAGGUUUUUAACCCAUUGCCACCCUGGCUGCGGGGUGCUGGUGUGACCUGACUGCCUCAGACCCAUGGGGCUGCUGGAGGCAGUGCCAGGAGCCCACCAAGUCCUGAGGUCACGGUGCUGGUGGAGGGAAAGGAUCCUCUGGGACCAGACAUGGGGUGGAUGAGACUCCCCCUUCAGUGGGACCCCUUCCCUUUCCCCACUUCUCCCUGGCCUCUUCCCUUCCAUGGGGGUCCUGGGUGCCAGCUCCCUGGGGAGGGGGACACCCCCUUUUGUACCACUCUGCUGUAUGUGAGUCCCUGUUUGUUACCUCCAUAAAGUG